GAUGAGCACCCCAGUCACGGGGGGCUGAGAUGAGCACCCCACCCGGGCCAGGCUGCCCGUGUCCACUCGUGUCACCCCACAAGCUGCUGACAAGGUCGGGGCAGACCCUGUGUGCUUCCAGCACUCAGGGCUGGGGCUGAUCGAGCAGGGACCCACAGCCGCUGUCACCAGGCAGGGACACGGUCCCUGCUGCCGGCGAGCCUCUCCCGGGGAUCGGGGUGCGUGGCCGCCGCUGAGUCUCCCCUCCCCUCCCCACAAGGACAUUUCGGCACGUGUCACCCCAAAGCAUCACCUGAGAGGACUCCGGGCGAGCCCCGGGGGUGCCGCGGAGCCGCUGAGGGUUCCCUCCCCUCGCCCCAAGUUGCGGGGUUCGGGCAGCCCCGGCGCGGGGGCGGCCGUGCGGGGAGGGGGAGCGCUCGGUCCCCCCGCCCAUCUCCGCGCUGAUACCCGGCACCUCCGGCAGCUGCUCCCCCCGCGCUCCCGCGGGGCCGAGGCGGGGCCGGACGCGGGGCGAGGGGCGGCGGGAGCGGGGCUGCGCCCGCCCGGCCCUGCCCGCAGCUCUGCCCGGCGAGCGGGAGGCACCGGCAGCGCGGAGGCGACGCAGCCGCAUCCAAAAUGCUUCUAGUCGGACCAGGAGAGUGGUAAUAGACCUUCUUACUAAAUUAAAUGUGCACGCUGCUCCUCAAGGCACGGUGCGGUUCAGCCCUAGUUGAUUUCCCAGCCACAGCAGUAUGGUGCCUCCAGGGAAAAAGCCAGCUGGGGAAACUUCCAAUUCCAAUAAAAAGUGUAAGCGCUAUUUCAAUGAGCACUGGAAGGAAGAAUUUACCUGGCUGGAGUUUGACUAUGAGAGGAAACUCAUGUUUUGCAUAGAGUGUCGGCAGGCACUGGUGAAGAACAAGCACGGUAAAGCGGAGAACGCCUUUACCGUGGGCACGGACAACUUCCAGCGGCACGCGCUGCUGCGGCACGUCACCUCCGGCGCGCACCGCCAGGCGCUGGCCGUCAACCGCGAGCAGCUGGCCUUUGAGAGCCGUGUCCACGGCCACCCCGAGCUGCGCUCGGUCAUCAAGGUGGAGGUGAACCCGGCCAAGGUGGCCGUCCUCACCACCGUCUACUGGAUGGCCAAGGAGGAGAUCCCGGAUGAGAAGUGCUCCUCCCUGCUCAGCUUCCAGAAGUUCAACCUGUGCCAGGCGCUGCUGGCCUCGGAGCACAGCGAGUUCUACCACCCUGGCAGCGUCAGGGAGAUGCAGGCAGCCAUUGCCAAAGUCCUCCACAACGAGGACAGGCACAGGAUCAAAGCCUCGCCGUUCAUUGGGCUGGUGGUGGACGAGACGGUGGACGUCCUGGAGCACCGCAGCCUCGCCGUGUUCACCACCACUGUCUCCCCCUGCAACGGGCAGACCUCCACCACCUUCCUGGGCAGCUUCGAGCUGCCCACCGGGGAGGCCUCCACUGUGGCAGGCAAGGUGGGCGAGGUGAUGCGCUCCUUCGGCAUCCCCACCAUGAAGCUCACCUGGCUCAGCGCCGACAGUGCCUCGCUGGUGGCCGAGCGGCUCAGCGGGGUGGGGACGGCGCUGACCUCGCUCUGCCCGCUCCUCACUGAGGUGCACUGCCUGUCCCACGGCACCUCCCUGCUGCUGGCCGAGAGCAUCAGCACCAUCGAGUACCUCCAGAAGUAUGAGACCACCGUGGAUGCGGUGUAUAGGCUCUACUCCAACUUCCAAGGGGAAGGGAAUAGCCUGCAGGAGCUGCGGAGAGUCCUGGACCUCUGUGAGAUAGACCUCGGGAGCCCCAAAGCCAUCCACUGGACUUCUAUCUUCCCAGCUGUAGAAGCCAUUGACUCCUCGUGGCCCACACUGGUGCUGCUGCUGGAGAGCCAGGCGGAGCGCUCACCCGUGGCCCGUGGCCUCUGCGAAGAGCUCAAGAAGUUCCAGUUUGUGGCCUUCACCAAGAUCCUCCUGGAUGUCCUCCCCAUCUUCCAGAAGCUCAGUCGUUUCUUCCAGAUCGAGGAUUUUGACCUCUCCAUCUUGAAGCCCAUCGUCUCGGCCACAGCCACCACUCUGCAGGCCCAGCAGAGCACCAGUGGCCAGAACCUCCGGGAGUUCCUCAGCGAGAUGAACAAGCACCCGCAGGAUGGCCGGGAGGGCGAGAGCCGCCUGUACUACAAGGGUGUUGAGCUGGCCAACUGCUCCCAAGUGCACCUGAAACACUUCGAGCACCUGAAGGACAGCUACCUGGAGAGGGUGCGGGGCAACCUGCUGGACAGGUUCCCCAGCAGCGUCCUGGAGGCCAUCAGCUCCUUCUCUGCCAUCUUCAACCCCAAGUGCUACCCCCAGUCUCUGGAGGACAUCGGCAGCUACGGGGUCAGCGAGCUGAAUUUCCUGCUGCGGGUGUACUCGCGGGUGGUGGUGAGCGAGAGGGCCCUGAACGACUUUCCCCUCUUCAAGCGCAUCGUCUUCAGCCUCAGCCAGCUCUCCUUCAAGGACCUCUGUGUCAAGCUGGUCUACAGCAGCUCUGAGAUGCAUGAACUCUUCCCAGACUUCGCCGUGCUGGCAGCUAUCGCGCUGGCCUUGCCGCUGGGCUCGGUCCUUGCUGAGAAGAUCAGCCGGGGCCGGGAGCUGCUGAAGCGCGGCCGCUCGCGCCUCGCCAAGGACGAGGGGCUCUCCGACCUCAUGAAGAUCGCCAUCGACGGGCCAGCCAUUAGCGAGUUCAACUUUGCCUUGGCCGUCGAGUACUAUGAGAGCAUGAGGGAGUCGGGGUUCAUCGUGGCGCAGGUGAAGUGAGCGUGGCUGGCGAGGCCCGAGCCCUCGGGCUGGAGCGGGGCCUGCGGGCAGCGCCCGGGGCCAGCUCAACGCCCUUUCCACGACACUGGUCACUGCUGGGGCCAGGCAAACACAGUGGAUGGUGGCCUGCUCUGUGCUGGGAAGAGAAAACAGGAUCCUUUGCAAAGCAAGGCUGGUCCCAUGACCACCUCAUGCCCCAAACCUCUGUCUGAAUCGCCCGGAAUUCAGAAUCCACCCGAGAACCCAAAUUGCAAUGAGUUUUUUUCCAAGGGUUUGUCAUCAUUUGUUUUAGGGAGAGGAAGGCAAAGCUCUUGAGCUCAAAUGUCACGUUGCCUUCGCACAAAGAUACCCAGCAGCUUUUGUUUAAUGCUCUGCAAAAAUAUGGGAUUUUUGUUAUUCUGGAGCCUGGAGAGUGAAUGCAGAAAAGGCAGCGCAUCCUCCGAGCUCUGCGCCGACCCCAAUGUGCCUGGCGGUGUCGUGUUGGUGUUCCUUGCACACAGCACAGGGUAUUUUUAGCAGUGGCAUCAAGUCAUGAUCAUUUCAAGAGCAAGAGAUUUAGGGAAUGAUGUUGUAAUGGCUGAGGGAAUAUUAACUUUAAAUGCAUCAUUGUGUACAUAUGUGUAUGUGUGUAUAUAUAUAAAUAUACAUAUAUAAAUAUCUAUAUUAAAAAGGUCUAUCUCAAUUUUCCUAAAGUUUAAAGUAUAAAGAUAUCUAAAAGGACUUUUUUUUUUUUUUUUUUUUUUGCAAGGACAGAAUAAAUUAUGAUCAGGGGUCCAAAAACAAUCAAUAACUAAUUUUUGUUCUUUCCAAAAUGUCCUCCCAUCCCCGAGUUCCCUUUGCACCCUGAGCUCUUGGCAACCUGCAGUCUGGGAGAAGUCCUUCAACACCUGCUUUCGGGGCCAACUGGAGGUGUUCAGCUCAUAUUUCUGCUCUGAAGUGUUGCUCUCUGUCCCGAGGUGAGCAGAGCUGUUGGUGCCUGCAGCAGCCUGAGGCUCAGGCCCCUCUGCCCCCAGGGCUGGGGUGCUGCUGCUGCGUUCCAGCGUGACUGGGCUUUGCUGGGUUUCACUUGGAGGGCUCUUUCUUUCACUUCAGACUGAUUCUAAUCAGCAAUAAACCCAGUGCAGCAGCAUGAAGCAUUACCUCAGUUGAAUCCUGAGCGCCGGGUCCUCUGCUGGGGCUGCCAAGAGCUGGAAAUGGGAGGAUGUAGCAGAUCUGCUGCCCCACAGUCCAGGUCUGGUUGCUCUGGGAGUCCAGUGCAGUGCAAUCUGCUUGUUACUGGUCCAGAUCCCAGAGGUGCUGGGGCUGCACUGGUGCUGCCAUCAGGGUCCAGCGUUGUGACUGGGAGCUGCUGUUCUCUGUCCAUCAGCCUUUGGCAUUGAGGAGCCUCCUGGAAACAUGCUUGGCCGGAGACAAAAGCUUUAAAGCCCUUGGUAAGGAUUUAGAGACACCAUCAAAAUUUGCUGAGAACAUCCCCCAAGCAGGAGGGAGGCUCUGUGUGAAUAAACAGCUCUGUCUCCAUCUGGCCUGGGCAGACUCUGCACCAGAUGCUCGCUGAGGCUGCGGCGUCUGUGGAGAUGGGUCCUUGGCAGACUCGUGUUGGUAUGAGAACCUGCGGCCCUGGCCCUGCCACCUUCACAGGCAGCUCUGGGAGGCUCACACAGGCAGGUGACAGAGCACAACAGUUGCACUGCUCUGCCUCACAGGGAGCAGGAGAAAAACCUGCUGGAGGUGUGUGUUCAGUGGCUGUGCAGAGUGAAGGGGUGGAGGGGUCAGCCUGACACAGUUUGGGUGAGUUUGGUUAAAUGUAGGGCUGAAAAUUCCUUUAAAUUCUGAGGGAUCCCUAUAAAAGUCACUUGUCUGUGGGACGGGAACUGGGCUGGGAAGGGGCUGAGCUCCAGGCAGAGAAUGUGCAGGCUCCAAUGUGUCUGGCUGAGCCCAGAGCUGGGGACACACAGCGCCAUGUCAGGGACAUCGUGGCUUUGACACCUCUUGGUCACGCCUGAGCUGCGCCUGUGGAACUGGGUGGGGGGCACAGAGACAACCCCCCCAAACUGCAGCAGGUGCUCAUGGCAGGAACACGUGGCUCCUGUGCUCCCCUCCUUGCAGCAGCCCCUUGGAAUGCUCGGCAGAGCCUGGAGCACGUCCUGUCCCAGGAGGAGCCGCAGUGCCAGAGCAGCAGCAUUCGCUGUGGAGGUGGGGGCUGCUCUGCCAAAGUGGGGGGAGACAGAGCAGGGGCCGGGACAAGAAGCUGAACCACUGAGGGCCUGUUCACCCACCUGCUGCCGGCCAUGCCUGUCACCUUGCCUAAGGUCGUGUCAUUCUAUACAGACCUGGGGCCCUGCCACUCUCCCAGAAGCAAAUCUCCUUAAUUGAGUGUCUAAUUAAUACCUAAAAAUACUGCCCUCAGCUGCUGCUGGAAUCUGCCCUGCAGCAAAGGUAAGGCAGGACCCACGAUGCCAUGGCCCUGUAACCUUGGAAAGGUGCCCCAAGAGAUCCUGUGGGUGCCCCAGCAGGGUGUUGUGACAUACUGGGGGGGCUUCACUGGGGUGGCCUCAACCCUCUUCCUGCUCCUUAGGGUCUUGUCUGCUUUGGGAACAAAGCCAAGUGAGAAAUAACCUGCCCAUCUGCAGGGUCUCACAGGGGUUUCUGAGCUCUCUCUAACUGCCUGGUCUAUCCCAGUCCGGAAAUGUGUUUAAUCUACAAAUUUGAGCUCAAGGAUGUGCCAAAAAGGUUGACAUAUCUUCUCUGUUCCUUCGGUGGGCAGCAGCUGCUGCAGGUGGUGGCCGAUGCUGGGAGUCUGUGUCCCCUCAGCGCUCGUCCUGCGCCUGCCCAGUGCAGGAGCUGCUCCCCAGGGAGUGCUCCCUUCUGCCCAAGCCCUAGCUGAGCUGCAGCAUCCCUUCUUGUAGUCACUGAUUUUGGGGAUCAGGUGAUCGCCCACCUCUUGUUCCCCCCAGAUAUA